UUGACCUUCUGACCUAUGUAACAAGGAACAUGGCUGCCUUGCGGAGCGUUUCUCUCCGUGUUGGACGUAUUUGUCGCUGUUCGAACAGAAUUACUGUGUCUAGAAGAAAUCUCAGUGAACAAACAUCUUCAGAUGAGACUGAUAAAGAAGAAGGAACGGAGAGGUCAACUCAUUUUGGCUUCGAAUCCAUCAAUGAAAGUGAGAAAACCGGAAAAGUUCAUGAGGUGUUUUCCAACGUGGCGUCCAAGUAUGACAUAAUGAACGAUGCGAUGAGCCUGGGUGUCCAUCGCCUGUGGAAGGACAGGUUCAUGCAGGUGUUGGACCCACUGCCUGGCACCAGGCUACUGGACGUGGCAGGGGGAACAGGUGACAUAGCUUUUAGAUUCGUCAACUGGAUAAAACAGAAGGAACAGCAGCGGAGAAAGACCUCAGGAGCAGAGUUCAGACUGAACCCACUAGAGACAGAUGAAUCAGGGAGUGACACAGGGCUUCCCUCUGCUGAGGACUAUUUGUACAGUGAGCAGAGAGGAGACCUGUCAGACACAGAGGAGAAAAAAGACUCAAAAGUGAUCAUUUGUGACAUAAACCAGUCCAUGUUGGAAGUCGGAAAGGAAAGAGCCAAGAAGUUGGGCUUGGAAGAUGACCUUGUAUGGGUGACAGGUAAUGCAGAGGAACUGCCCUUUCCUGAUAAUUCUGUAGAUGCCUACACCAUUGCAUUCGGCAUCAGGAAUGUCACACACAUAGAAAAGGCAUUAUGUGAGGCCUACAGAGUGCUGACCCCAGGAGGCAGGUUUCUGUGUCUGGAGUUCAGCCAGGUGUCCAACCCUCUCAUCAGCAGUGUGUAUGACCUGUACUCCUUCCAAGUGAUCCCUGUCCUGGGAGAGGUGAUAGCAUCAGACUGGAAGUCCUAUCAGUACCUCGUGGAGAGCAUCAGGAGGUUCCCUAACCAGGAGGAUUUUGCAGAGAUGAUUCGGGAGGCAGGUUUUCGGAUGGUGACCUAUGAUAAUUUGACCUCUGGUGUUGCUGCAAUUCACAGUGGGUUCAAGAUCUGAGUAUUCAUCUACUGAAACCUUCAGAAUCAAUGGCUAAUAUCUCCUAUUCAUAAUAGAGUAAUCUGUCACUGCUGUAAGGUCAUUGCAACAGCUGUUAUUUGAUGCCUACAAAUGUGUUUGUGAUGUACAUGCAGUGUAUUGACUGAAACUACUGAGAGAUGACAAAAACAGAUUGUUUCUUGAUAUACAUAUAUUUUGUAUUUUCAAGUUUACAUAGUGACAAAUCUAGCGCAUCUUGUAACAAUACAUAUAGCCAAGGAAUAUAACGAGUUUUAGUGGAAAAUACAAGAAUAAGAACAGAAAAUAAAUAUCUUUGCUUCUUCUCCGCAAGA